AUGAUACAGCUUCAGAUUUCAUUAUUGCUGAUAGCUACUAUAUCGCUAUUCCAUCUAGUAGUGGCCACACCCUAUGAGGCAUAUCCUAUCGGGAAACAAUACCCCCCGGUGGCAAGAGUGAACGAAUCGUUUACAUUCCAAAUUUCCAAUGAUACCUAUAAAUCGUCUGUGGACAAGACGGCUCAAAUAACAUACAAUUGCUUCGACUUACCGAAUUGGCUUUCGUUUGAUUCUAGUUCUAGAACGUUCUCAGGUGAGCCUUCUUCCGACUUACUAUCCGAUGCGAACACCACGCUAUAUUUCAACGUAGUGCUUGAGGGUACGGACUCUGCGGACAGCACGUCUUUGAACAAUACGUACCAAUUUGUUGUUACAAACCGUCCAUCUAUCUCAUUGUCGUCCGAUUUCAACCUAUUGGCGUUGUUGAAAAAUUACGGUUACACUAACGGCAAAAAUGCUCUGAAACUAGAUCCCAAUGAAGUCUUCAACGUGACCUUUGACCGUUCAAUGUUCACCAACGAAGGCUCCAUUGUGUCGUACUAUGGACGUUCUCAAUUGUAUAAUGCUCCCUUACCCAAUUGGCUGUUCUUCGACUCUAGUGAGUUGAAGUUUACUGGUACAGCACCAGUGAUAAAUUCUGCGAUUGCCCCAGAAACAAGCUACAGUUUUGUCAUCAUUGCUACCGAUAUUGAAGGAUUUUCUGCCGUGGAGGUGGAAUUCGAAUUAGUCAUUGGUGCUCACCAAUUAACCACCUCUAUUCAAAACAGUUUGAUAAUUAACGUUACUGACACUGGUAACGUUUCGUAUGACUUACCUCUGAAUUACGUUUAUCUGGAUGACGAUCCUAUCACUUCCGAUAAAUUGGGUUCUAUAAACUUACUGGAUGCCCCUGAUUGGGUUGCAUUAGACAAUGCUACCAUUUCAGGUUCUGUCCCAGGUGAAUUGCUAGGUGAAAACUCCAACCCUGCAAAUUUUUCUGUGUCCAUUUAUGACACCUAUGGUGAUGUGAUUUAUUUGAAUUUCGAAGUGGUUUCCACUACAAAUUUGUUUGCCAUUAGUUCUCUUCCUAAUAUUAACGCUACAAGGGGCGAAUGGUUUACCUACUAUUUUUUGCCCUCUCAGUUUACAGACUACGUGAAUACAAAUGUUUCGCUAGAGUUUACUAAUUCAAGCCAAAAUCAUGACUGGCUGAAAUUUCAAUCCUCUAAUUUAACCUUGGCAGGCGAUGUGCCUGAGAAUUUUGAUAAGCUUUCAUUAGGCCUGAAAGCGAACCAAGGUUCUCAAUCUCAGGAAUUAUAUUUCAACAUCAUUGGCAUGGAUUCAAAGGUAACUCAUUCAAACCACAGUGCCAAUGCCACAUCUACAAGAAGUUCUCAUCGCUCCACUUCAACAAGUUCUCACACAAGUUCUACCCACACUGCAACGGUUUCUUCUACCUCUACUGCUGCUACCUCUACUGCUGCUACUUCUUCUGCUUCAGCAGCGCUCCCGACAGCUAAUAAAACCUCCUCUCACAGUAAAAAGGCAGUAGCCAUUGCGUGCGGUGUAGCUAUCCCGUUAGGCGUUAUAUUUGUGGCCAUCAUUUGCUUCCUGAUAUUUUGGAGACGCAGAAAGGAAAAUCCAGACGAUGAAAAAUUACCACAUGGUAUAAGUGGACCUGAUCUGAAUAAUCCUGCAAAUAAUCCAAAUCAGGAAAAUGCCACACCUUUGAAUAAUCCAUUUGAUGAUGAUGCUUCUUCAUACGAUGAUACUUCAAUAGCAAGAAGAUUGGCCGCUUUGAAUACUUUGAAGUUGGAUAACCAUUCUACCUCUGAAUCAGAUAUUUCCAGCAUGGACGAAAAGAGAGAUUCAUCAUCAGGUAUGAAUACAUACAAUGAUCAGUUUCAAUCCCAAAGUAAAGAAGAAUUGUUAGCAAAACCCCCAGCACAAUCUCCAGGGAGCCCGUUCUUUGACCCACAGAACAGGUCCUCUUCUGUGUAUAUGGAUAGUGAGCCAGCAGUAAGUAAAUCCUGGCGAUAUACUGGCGACCUACCACCAGUCUCUGACAGCGUCAGGGACAGUUACGGAUCACAAAAAACCGUCGAUACAGAAAACCUUUUCGAUUUAGAAGCACCACAGAAGCAAAAACGUACAUCAAGAGAUGUCACUAUGUCUUCAUUGGACCCUUGGAAUAGCAAUAUUAGCCCUUCCCCGGUAAGGAAUUCAGUAACACCAUCACCACAUAACGUAACAAAGCAUCGCAAUCCGCACUUGCAGAAUAUUCAAGACUCUCGAUGUGGAACAAACGGAGUAACUCCCACAACAAUGUCGACUUCAUCUUCUGACGAUUUUGUUCCCGUUAAGGAUGGUGAAAAUUUUUGUUGGGUCCAUAGCAUGGAACCAGACAGAAGACCGAGUAAGAAAAGAUUAGUCGAUUUUUCUAAUAAGAGUAAUGUUAAUGUUGGUCAAGUCAAGGACAUCCACGGACGGAUCCCAGAAAUGCUAUGA